AUGUUGCUAUUUUUCGUUUGCUUCGUUGCUGGUGCUCACGCGGCGACGAGCUGGAACAGCGUGCACGUCGCUUAUGAAAACUGGAAGAUCUGCCUGACGCGUAACCUCCAGGUCGGCGACGUCGUCAAGGUCAAGGGCACGCUGGCUGCGAAAGCUGUCAGAUGGACAUGCAACAUCGAGAUGGAAUCUCGAAACGGCGUGUUCAUCCACGCCGAUCACCGCAUCGCCGCGAAGAGUACCGUUUACAACAUGAAAUACCCCGGGCAGAGGUGGCCAAAGGAGGCGCACUUUUCGAAGGUGCCCUACAAGGCCGGCCAGGACUUUGAGAUCCAUUUUACGAUCAAAUCCGCGAAAAGCGUAGAAGUUUCCUACGGCUCGGGCGCAAAGUGGGGCGGAGCGCUCUUCACAAAGAGUAACACGAUCCCGAAUCCCGGACUCGAGAACAUGAGGAUGAUCCGAUGCGACGGCGACAUGUCGAACGUGAUGUUUGCUGGUCCGCCCGUCGGGCUCUGCGCAGAUCAACUCCAGGCUGCGCCAACGUCAGCCCCUACCGCUGCUCCUACGCAAGCCAUCACUCAGACACCCAAAAACCAGAGCGGAAACAACAUGGAAACAACGACUGUGCAUGGCCUGACCGAGCACAACAACCAAGUGGGCGGUAGCUCCACGGACCUCCCGACCACUACACCGGCGAAUGGUGGCGGAGCGGCGACGACGGUGGUCAACCCGGGCGGCGGGACGCCCACCGAAAGCCCAGCCCCUCCGGCACCAUGUGUUGGUUAUGGCUGCGCCUAUGGCCGU